AUGUCAGUCAAACUGCCAUUGAAUUCAUAGUGUGCGCGACGUUUCUCGAAUAGUGCAAAAUAGCAGUGAAUAGUCGAUAGUUUUAUUACGACAAUUUAACACAACUUUUGUUUCAAAUUAACGAUAUUGAUUGUUUAUGUUAAGCGGCAUUCUAAGGUUCAAAACAGCAGAUAGCUACGUAUUUUGUGACAGCUGAAAACCUUGAAGUAAUUCUAUUUGAGGUGGUGCUUGAAAAACGCACAUCAUUUCAUACCUCGUGUUGGAUUUUGACAAAGACCAAUGGCCAAGUGGGGAGAAGGAGAUCCUCGGUGGAUUGUAGAAGAGCGUCCAGAUGCGACUAACGUAAAUAACUGGCAUUGGACUGAAAAAAAUGCUGGUCCAUGGUCGAAGGACCGUUUGAAAGAAUUACUAAAUAAUUUAAAAAUAGCCCAAAAUGGUAUAGAUUGUAAGAUAACAAAUGUCGAAAGUAUAGACGGUGAGGCAACCGCGAACAAUAGGAAAGGUAAAUUAAUAUUCUUUUACGAAUGGGACAUUAAAUUGAAAUGGGAAGGCGUCUUGGCCGGUGCGGCGGAGAAAAUCAAGGGGGAAGUUCAUAUCCCAAAUUUAUCUGAAGAGAAUGAUGUCAGCGAAGUUGACAUGACUGUUACCAUCAAGGGUAGUGGAGAUGAAGCUCAGAGAGUUAAAGCAUUCAUGCACAAUGUUGGUAAAGACCAGAUCAGAAAACAGCUGUCGGAAUACAUCAGAAGCCUGAAGGAGGAAUUCUCGAAAGGUCUCAUCCUGCCGAAGAAAGGAGAGGCUCCAAUCAAGCCUGACAACGUUUCCACCAUAACUAGCGGUUUUAAUAAGAAAAUCAGUAUGGAACCCGUUCUGUCGAAUAAUAAACAGCAAAUCGGCUGCAAACUAGAUACAAAAAGCAUUGAAUUGACGGAGAGCUUUCAAUGCCGGGCAAAUGAAUUUUACGAUGCUAUGACUCGAAUCGAAAUGGUCACAGCAUUUACUCAGGGUCACGUCAAGAUGGAGGCGGAGAAGGGUGGUAAAUUUUCGUUGUUUGGAGGCAACGUCAGUGGUGAAUUCAGAGAAUUAGUUCCCGGCAAGAAGAUUGUACAGCUCUGGAGAUAUAAGCAGUGGCCGGAUCAUCAUUUCUCGGAAGUUACAUUCACUAUGGAAGAAAAGGACGAUCACACCCUCGUAACUCUCAAACAGGAUCUGGUACCCGCCCAAGAAAUUGAUCAGACGAGGGAAAAUUGGAAACGCUAUUAUUUCAAUAGCAUCAAAAGGGCAUUUGGCUUUGGAGCUUUCCUAUGAGCGGGAUGGAUCAUUAGGUUCUCCUCGCACCAUGGGUUGCAGCACUUGUAAGUUGCAACGACACGUGAGGUCGAUGCACGCUUGUAGCUUGUGUAUUAUUUAAGUUAUGGAUUUUAAAUAAAUUAUGUUAGACAAUUA